CCACCACGGCGGCCUGCAGAUUUCUUCUCGUAGUCUUCUGCGCCUGCGCAAAGAGCGUGGGCUCUCGGGAGUAGUUAUGUUGUGGCGGCGGUUGCUGUAGUGAGAAGCCCCACAUGGAGCCUCCCCCGGGCACAGCAGAGGAACCUGAGCUGAGACAUGUAGAAAAAGAUGUGUUAAUUCCAAAAAUAAUGAGAGAAAAGGCCAGAGAGCUAUGUUCAGAUAAAGUGCAAGCUUUUACCAAAUGCUGCCAAGAAUCUGGCUUUCUUAUGAUAGUGAAAUGUCAACAGGAAAAUGCAGCACUGAAAGAAUGUCUAACUACAUACUAUAAUGAUCCAGCAUUUUAUGAAGAAUGCAAAAUCGAAUACUUGAAGGAAAGGGAAGAAUUCAGAGCUACUGGAAUUCCUGCUAAACAAAGACAACAGAAGCUUCCUACAAGCAUGUAGCUAAAUCCUAAAAUGAAGUUUGGAAAUUUACUUCAGUUAUCGACACGUUGAUUUGGUGGAAUAAGUAAGUUAAUUGAAUAAGCAGACUCAAUUUUGUUUAAAAAAAUCAAGUUGUCUGAGGCAGGAUUUGAUUGAAAUAAAUGUAUCUCAUGUUGUAUUUUGUGUAUUAGGAAUAAACUCUUUUAUGAAUGAA